CCAAGAACUCAACCUCCAAAAAGCUAAUUAAGCAAGGCAAGAUCUUAAUCGGCCUAGCUAGCUAAGCUAGAUUAGAUCAUUAGCUAGACUCUUGAUUUAAUCAUCCUCCACGAGCUAGCUAGCUAGCAGCGCACGGCCGGCGGCGAGGAUGGUGAAGCAGCUGGUGCAUGACGAGGAGAAGCAGCGGCUGCUGCUGGAGGAGCACACGGAGAAGCACUUCACCGCCGGCGAGGUGGUGCGCGACAUCAUCAUCGGCGUGUCCGACGGGCUCACCGUGCCGUUCGCCCUCGCCGCGGGGCUGUCCGGAGCCAACGCGCCCUCCGCGCUCGUCCUCACCGCCGGCCUCGCCGAGGUCGCCGCCGGCGCCAUCUCCAUGGGCCUCGGAGGGUAUCUGGCGGCGAAGAGCGACGCGGACCACUACCACCGCGAGCUGCAGCGCGAGCAGGAGGAGAUCGACACCGUCCCCGACACCGAGGCGGCGGAGAUCGCGGAGAUACUGUCGCAGUAUGGGCUGGGCCCUCAGGAGUACGGGCCCGUCGUCAACUCCCUCCGCAACAACCCCAAGGCCUGGCUUGAGUUCAUGAUGAAGUUUGAGCUGGGGCUGGAGAAGCCGGAUCCAAGGAGGGCGGUGACGAGCGCGGGGACGAUCGCGCUGGCGUACGUGGUGGGCGGGCUGGUGCCGCUGCUGCCCUACAUGUUCGUGCCCACGGCCGACCGCGCCAUGGCCACCUCCGUCGCCGUCACCCUCGCCGCCCUCCUCUUCUUCGGCUACGUCAAGGGCCACUUCACCGGCAACCGCCCCUUCCUCAGCGCCCUCCAGACCACCGUCGUCGGCGCCCUCGCCUCCGCCGCCGCCUUCGCCAUGGCCAAGGCCGUCCAGUCCAUCUAAAUCUAAAUUCUAAUUAAUUAAUUAGCAGCAAUUAAAUUAGCAGAAUAAGUGUUGCACAAAUGUAAAAUGUAAUGUACUUCAUGCUAGUUAAUUAUCGGACUAUGUACAUUGCUGCCUACUAGACUUACUAUAGGUGUGUAUCACUAUUCACUAGUUAGCUAGCCCUAAGUGUACCAUGUACACGUGAUAUGAUCCGAGUGUAUUGCCGUCGCUCAUCAAUUCGUCUACUUCGUCCGUCCUCCGUCCUUAAAUGUUUAAUGUCAUUUACUU